UGGCGGCCGUGGAAGGCACUCCUCGAAGAGUCAAGACACUUUUGUUAAGUUUCCUACAAUCCUCCGACGUUAAACAAGAAAACAGCAACCAACAGACAGAGGUUGAUUCUUUGCCGUCAACAUCCAUGUGUCAACCAAGAACCAAGGAAGCAUUUUGGUCUCGUGUGGAAACCUUCUCUCCUUUUACAUGGUUUGCCAAGCCACUUGAGUUAUCACCACUGCACUGUGCACUUUAUGGUUGGGAGAAUUCAGAUGUUGAUAUUCUACAUUGUGUCAGUUGUAAAGCAUCUUUGGAUGCGACAAUGUCAACGGAUUGGGAUCCAGAGAUGUUUACCAAGAGCUGUAAACAGUUAAAGGAUUCUCUUGUUAUUGGUCAUUCAAAACUGUGUCCCUGGCCAGAUAAUCCAUGUCCAGAAAUAUUCAUUCAGCUGCCAGCUUACACUCCAAGUCAAUGGAAAGAAGAUUUUUUAAUCAGAUGGCACUCACUGUUGUCUCUUGGAGCAAACCUGCCAUCACUAGACCAUCAUGUUUUCAAGGACAUGGAUGAGGUAUCUGAUAAUCACUUCAGGGGUUUGUUAGAACUUCUUCAGUCAGCCGGGUUGAUGCCCAAUGAAAGUACGGAUAACUUGCAAAAGGAACUUCAGGUGUCAUGCUUGAUUGGGUUAUGUGGCUGGCAAAAAAGAAACAAUGAGGUAGAAGCUGAUCAAGCAACCCUGUUUUGUACCAUGUGUCGCCGUGAACUUGGUGUAUGGAAUUUUCGAUCAAUACAUUCUUCCGACAAAGAAAACCAAACAACAAACCAAGACACAUCUACCAUGUCAACACCAACUCGCCAAUCACAAGACCAAUCUCAAUAUAGCAGCGAAACUAGUAGUUCAUCUAAAAGCAGUGUGGUGGAUGAUUGUGACUCUAUGGAUAUUGGUGCUCAAGCAGGACCCACGGGCAACAUCACAAAUGAAGAUCAGUACAGAGGAUUUGCUGGAUGUAAAAGAUCAAACACAGGACUCAGACACAUGACUAGCCAACGACAUGAUAAUCCAAAGAGUGCAGAUAUAGAGGAAUGCAUGGACAUUGAAGUCAAAUUAAAACUACAUGUGCCAGGGCAGGAAGAUACCGACCCCAGCUCAGAAAAGAAAAGACAGACAUCGCCUUUUGGAAGGACUACAGAUCAAAUAAUGAAGCCCACAGAAACUCCUAUAAAUGAUUGCGAAUUCGUUCCCAAGGAAGGAACUUCGACAACAUUCAAGGAUUCUUUGUUAAUGAAGCGGUUCGUAACAGGACGAGACAGUCCCCUGCGUGGGGCAGAAAGUCUACCUUACCGAUCACCACUUUAUCUUUCUGUCUCUGAUUUGUCUGAAAAAGAACACUGUGAAUCGCUGUGUGUUGAGGUAGAAGACGAAAGUCUUACUGAUAAGCUACAGUCAGUUGAGUCAGAACUGGAGUAUAUGGUGGGUGGGUCUGAGAGCUCGACAGAUAAAGAUGAUUAUGCACCUGAUAUCAAGAGAAUACGGUUAGAGACCAAGAUGCUAGUAGGGUCUGGGUACGAGGCUGAAGUAACCCUUAACCUUCCUCCAUCUUCAAUUCAGGUUCCACCCAAGGAAGCCUGGAUACCAGUCAGGCGGUUACUAAACGAAUGCUCAUCAGUACCCAGUAAGAAAAGCGCGCCUGAAUCUUGAGACGUAGUCGCCCACAUUGUUCACAAGUAAUGAAAUCAGUAGACUUCUUAUAUUCUACCCAUUUGUUCAGCACCUUCACUUAAGAAGUAGGCAGUCUCUUAGACUAGAUGUGGAGUCUAUCGUUCAAGAUACAUAGACAAGUCUGGGACAAUGACUGUACGUUCUAGGCAUUGGCCGUCGCAUUUGAAUUUCCAAAACACGCCAAUUGACCAGUACCACGCAGUUGAGAACGUCAGAAAAUCAGCAAGGUUUGGGGAGGAAUUAAAAGAAAUUCAAAUUGACACCAUGAAAACCUAUCACCUCUCUUGGCUGUCACUUGUCACCACAUUGAGCUGGAUAGGGAAAUGACGCAAACUUGUAAGAAUCUUGAUAAGAUAGUUAUGACGUCAUUACGCCUAGUGCUUAUAAAGGCAUUCUGUCCCAGGAUUCCCAAUUGCUACAACGCCAAACUAGUCYGAGGUGAGAUUGGUAUCUUAUUAGAACAUUUUUAAUGGUUCAGUUUUUUAGGUGAGCCCAUUUAAGAAAUAAUUGAAGACGUAGCAGACGUCAUUGACAGUUUUCUGUAGCUUCUAUAGACCCGAGCAGCCAUUCCCAGCGCGUCACGCUCAAUUCGAAAGCAAAGACAAACUUUUAUAACGGUCGGGUCUGGAAGUAGUCUCCUACGCAGCCGCUAUUAGUGUUGUCACGCAACGCUCACUCCCCUAAGUAGCUUAGUACUUAGGAGUGAGCGUUGCGUGAAGAGCCUAAUAUUGGUUGCGUAGAAGAUAGGAGACUAGUCUGGAAACAAUGUCUGCACUAUGCAAGAAGUCUCAUGCAAGAGAGGCUAAUGGAUUAACAUAAUGCUCUGUUGUUUUGCCCGACAACAUGACUUCUGUAAAACUACUAUGUCUCGCCUAAAAAGUGUCUUUUCUAUUUUAUUGUUAUUACUGCUGUAGCAGCUGUUGCUGUUUUCUCCUCUAACCUUCAAUUGUGCUGGGAAUUGCUGCAAUGGUUCUAUUGUCCAGUAUAAAAUAAAGGGUUACCAAAUCAAUCUUUAAAAUAUUUUACACAUAGUAAGUUAUAUAUGAUAGACAAUUAUGAAUAACUGUUAUAAAUACCGCGUUCUGAUUGGUUGGGAGCGCGAGCUUUAUUAGAGCACACACGCAGCACGCGCGCGCUCACUUUCAGUUGCGUCUUUCCCAUCCAAAAAAAAAAAAAACGGUUAUUGUAAUUUGUAUUUUAUAAAAGAAAUAAAAAACUUGCUUGCCGUGCUUUGUGGAGUUAUAAAGCACUUGGUGAUUGGCAGGACACUCAAGAAGUGCCGAGAAGCAGGAAUCGUGAGCGGAGUGUUCUGCCAACCCCCGCGUGCUUUAUAACUGCACACAGCACGCGCGCGCGAGUUUACUAUUUCUUCAGAAUAGUAUGCGUCAGGCGGGCUGGAUUGACCUAUGUCUGGAAAUGCUGAAGGAAGAUUGAGAUUCUGUUACUUGAUUCCGGAUCUGGACGCAGAUCAAGGAAAUUUAAAGCUCUUUGAUCAAUCAACAUAUUACGAGUCAAACUCGGAGAGGCGUUUUUAAAAUAUGCGUUGUUGAACCAUCGCAAAAAGAUUAAGUGAUGUUCAUGGUAAUAAUCUUUUUUUCAAAAUAAUUUCCACCAGUGCAUAUUCAAAGAUAUAUAUGUUUUUCUCUCGGUUACUUUGAUUAAUAUUUCACGAGCAAUUGCAUCGGAA